CCUCCUCCUCCUGCUGCUGCGGCUGCGGCUAGACCUGCAAGUUCAGACCCACGGGGCUGCCCUCCCCUGCGCUCUCCGCUUGCUGCCUGGGCCUGGAGCGCAGCGCGGCCGCGCAGCUGAUAAUAAGCAUCAGUUUUGUACUGUGUUUUCUUUGAGAUUCACGAUGUUGAAAGAGCUUUUCCUAACUAUGCUGAUUCUGGCUCUGGUCAAGUCACAGGACACCGAAGAAACCAUCACGUACACGCAAUGCACAGAUGGAUAUGAGUGGGAUCCUGUAAGACAACAAUGCAAAGAUAUUGAUGAAUGUGACAUUGUCCCAGACGCUUGCAAAGGCGGAAUGAAAUGUGUCAACCACUAUGGAGGAUACCUUUGCCUUCCUAAAACAGCCCAGAUUAUCGUCAACAAUGAACAACCUCAACAAGAAACACCAGUGUCUGAAAAUGUGGGUGCAGCCGCAAAUGCAGCCGCAGCCUCAGGUACAGCUGGGGGUAUAGCAGCCAGUGGCAUGGCAACCAGUGGAGCUAUGCCUGGGGGUGGUUUUGUCGCCAGCGCUACUGCAGUUGCAGGCCCAGAAGUGCAGACUGGCCGAAAUAACUUUGUCAUCCGGAGGAACCCAGCUGACCCUCAGCGCAUUUCCUCCAACCCUUCUCACCGGAUCCAGUGUGCAACAGGCUAUGAGCAGAGUGAGCAUAACAUCUGCCAAGACAUAGAUGAGUGCGCGGCAGGGACACACAACUGCAGAACGGAUCAAGUGUGCAUCAAUUUGCGAGGCUCCUUUGCCUGCCAGUGCCCUCCAGGGUAUCAGAAGCGAGGAGAGCAGUGUGUAGAUAUCGAUGAAUGCACCAUGCCUCCAUUUUGCCACCAAAGAUGCGUGAACACACCAGGAUCAUUUUAUUGCCAGUGCAGUCCUGGGUUUCAGUUGGCGGCAAACAACUACACCUGCGUAGACAUAAAUGAAUGUGAUGCCAGCAAUCAAUGUGCUCAGCAAUGCUACAACAUUCUUGGUUCAUACAUCUGUCAGUGUAAUCAAGGAUACGAGCUAAGUAGUGACAGGCUCAACUGUGAAGACAUUGAUGAAUGCAGAGCUUCAAGCUAUCUGUGUCAAUACCAAUGUGUUAAUGAACCUGGGAAAUUCUCAUGUAUGUGCCCCCAAGGAUACCAAGUAGUGAGAAGUAGAACAUGUCAGGAUAUAAAUGAGUGUGAGACAACAAAUGAAUGUCGGGAAGAUGAAAUGUGUUGGAAUUAUCAUGGUGGCUUCCGUUGUUACCCACGAAAUCCUUGUCAAGAUCCCUACAUUCUAGCAUCAGAGAACCGAUGUGUGUGCCCCGUCACAAAUGCAGUGUGCCGGGAACUUCCCCAGUCCAUAGUCUACAAAUACAUGAGCAUCCGAUCUGAUAGAUCUGUGCCAUCAGACAUCUUCCAGAUACAGGCCACAACCAUUUAUGCCAACACUAUCAAUACUUUUCUGAUUAAAUCUGGAAAUGAAAAUGGAGAGUUCUACCUAAGACAAACAAGCCCUGUAAGUGCGAUGCUUGUGCUGGUGAAGUCACUAUCAGGACCAAGAGAAUAUAUUGUGGACCUGGAGAUGCUGACAGUCAACAGUAUAGGAACCUUCCGCACAAGCUCAGUGUUAAGACUGACAAUAAUAGUGGGGCCAUUCUCAUUUUAGUUUUUUAAAAGAGUCCACAAUAGGCGUUUAAACCAGCCAAAGAAUAUUGUUACCUUAAAGCACUAUUUUAUUUAUAGACAUAUCUAGUACAUCUACAUCUAUAUACUGUACACUCACCAAUAAUUCAAACAAUUACACCAUGGUAUAAAGUGGGCAUUUAAUCUGUAAAGAUCCAAAGUUUGUCUUUCUUACUGUAUGUAAAUUAGACAUUAAUCCACUAAACUGGUCUUCUUCAAGAGAGCUGAGCAUAUCUAUCCGGUGCAACUUGGAUUCUUUUCUGAAAAAGUGGGACCAAGCAGUGGUUAUCUUCUGUGGUGCUUAAGGAAACUUACUGUAGCUCCACUGACAGUCUUAUAAGGAGGCAGCCAUCAUAACAUUGAAUAGCAAGUUCAAGGAUGAGUUUUUUAAACUGCUUUGUAAGAAAAUGGAAAAAGUCAAUAAAGAUAUAUUUCUUUAGAAAAUGAGGAUCUACCAUAUUUGUGUUGGUUUUUAUUUUCAUGAUCAGUCUUAACAUGGUUGUUUAUUACACAGUAAUAAAUCAUUGUAUAAUAUGCUAGUUUCUGUAGGUAUUUUAAAUUUUGCCAGAAACUUUUGAUACUGAAUGUAAAGCAAAAAACAAAAAACAAAAAACAGUAAGCAAAAUUCCCAAAAUGAAUAAGGUAUCCCCUAUAAAAUUAUUAUAUUGAGACAUCUACAGGGAAGAGAUGUGAAAAUGAAUUCCUUCUAUACCACAUUGGAGUUGAUCUGAAGAAGCAAUAUCAGUAUGUUAUGACCUGCUAAAACAAAUACUUACUAUAGGCUGGGUGACUUUUAAACAACAGAAUUUAUUUUUCACAGCCUGGAGGCUGGAAGUCUGAGACCAGAGUGCCAGCGUGGUCUGGUUCUGGUGACAGCCCUCCUCUGGGUUGUAGCCUCAUACUCUCACAUGGUAGAAAGAGAGCUGAGAAAGUUCUCUGGGGUCCCUUUUAUAAAAGCACUAAUCCUAUUUAAGAGGGUCUCACCCUCACGACCCAAUGACCUCUCAAAUGCUCCACUUCCUAAUACCAUCACGUUGGGAUUUAGAAUUUCAACAUACGAAUUUUGGGAGGACACAAACAUUCAGUCCAUAACACUCAGUAAAAUGAGGCGUUCCAUGAGAUGUGGAGCAAAGUGAAGAAAAGGUAUUUUACUUUCUGAAUAAAAUUAGAUGAAAUGUUAAUUUCUCAAUAAAAUUAAAGGCCUGAAACUUCACCAACUUAUAACUAAAAUUUCUCAUCUGUAUAUUUGAUGCUCACAGAGCCAGAAAAUGGUGGUGGUUCUUAUUCUUGGCAUCCAGAGUGACAGUGAACUAAAUAAAGCAAAUGUCCCUCCCUCCCAAUCCUGUGAAAAAGUUUUAUGUCUUCUUAUUUGUUUAAAAUGUAACUGCUUCACUUUGAUCAUAUUUUGUAUCAUAUUUUUAAAUAAAAACAAAUAUUCUUUUA